GAUUUGUGUCUUCUGGCUGGGAUAAUUCUCUGGCUUGGAGGUGUUUUCAUGAACUACGUCUAACGUUUACAACAUGACGAAAGCCACGCUAGAAGUCCCGACUAUAGACCGUCACGACUUUAAGAACAAAUCCAUCGACGAGAUGAGCCAUUUGUUAUAUAAGCUUAUAGAAUUAGUACCCAAUAUGCCAAAAAACAGGAGGCUUUCUAAGCUUGAGAUAAUUCAAUACGUUAUAGACUAUAUUCUAGAUUUACAGCUCGCCCUGGAAGCCCAUCCGACUUUCAGGGCUGCGAGACCGUGUAGUACCCCUGAGCGACAGCCGCUAGUAGCCCUAUCUCCUUCCAGUAACGCCAGAGUUAAUCUUCCUGCUGUGCAUGAGGAAACUCAUAAUGAAAAAAUUUCAAGUUACUUACGCGACCUGGAGGUUGGAUUAGCAAAGCCAGUUUCCUGCUAGACAAAUGCAGUAUGUAUUGAUAGCCUGAAAUCAAGAAAGAGACACUUCCAAGGAGUGUAUUAGAUAUAACACUAGUCCAAGAGGCUGAAAAGUCAGGGAAGUAUGUGACGUCAGCCAAGAAUCGGUAUUUAUGUUCACGGACAAUGUACUCUCAGUAGAAGGAUCAUCAGUGGCUGGAGGAACUAAGUCCAGAACUGUAGAAAUGUCUUUAGUUUCUUAGUAUGUUGAAAGUCACAUAUUCUCUUUCUACUUUCAAAGAUUUGAUUGUGAUGGCAGUCUUUUAUCUAUUGGUACAGGUAGGCCGUUUAAGAAUACAUGAAAAUUUUCUAUCUCUGUGAUUUGACUCUACUGUACAAACUUCUCUAUAUCAAUUUGUGUAAAUUUUGUAUGUUCGUUGAAUAUGCGGAAACUCUUUUAAUAUUUGUACAAAUGAUCACGUGAUAGUUAUUAAUAUCCGGAACACUGUGAAAUUGAAAUGUAUAUACUUAAAAUUGGCUCAUUUUUUGAUA